AUGUCCGGCUUGAAAGACACAGGAGCUCUGUCUACCGCAGAUGCCCACCAGAACGAGAGAAGUGGUUCAGGCGAUGUCGGCCACAAGAGCAAGGGCACCUCAUUGUUCUCUGGUAUGAAUGAGUACAAGCGGGACCCGAACAAUGCCGCUGGAGCAGCAAGACGAGAGAGCAUACAAGACCAGAGUGCGAGAUCCGGGGUGCUGGGGAACUUGUGGAAUAGUACAUUCAAAGGCACCAGUACGAAAUAG